CUCUCUCUAACUCCACCAUAUCAAUCGAUGUCUACCCUUUAAACUCACUCCCUAACUUCCUUCAAAAACAUCCCUCUGAAAUCCAUGAAAACAAAAACUACAACUACUUCUUCUACCUGCAAAAAAUGAAUCUUUUCUUGCUUUUCAUCAAAACACUGCUACUUGCCACCAUCUUCACUGUUUCACAAUCGGCAAACUGCAAUAACACGAACCAUCUUCUUAUCUCCAAAGCCUUCACUUCUCUUUCGAAUUUCAACUCUUCUUGGUUCACCUGUUCAGACUCACCAAUCUCUGAGAUUAAUCUGUCAUCGAGAAACCUUUCUGGUACUCUCUCAUGGAAGUUCUUCAAGAACUUAACUCACAUUCACACCAUUAACCUCUCCAACAACUCUAUUAAAGGUUACAUACCAACUUGGUUUUGGUCAAUUCCAGGUCUGAUUCAAGUCAAUCUGUCCAAGAACAAGCUUGGAGGUACAAUCGGGUUUGAAUCUGGGUCGGGUUUAUCUUCGAUUCAAGUUCUUGAUCUUUCCUUUAAUAGGUUCACGAAUCUAGCUCAUCUCUCCAAUUUCUCUAACCUCUCUCUUCUUGAUAUCUCUCAUAAUAACCUAGAGGUUUUACCUUUCGGUUUAGAUUCUUUGAAGAAACUUCAGCAUCUUGAUCUUUCAAGCUGUAAUAUCUCAGGUGAUUCAAAACCCAUCUCGUAUCUGAGCUCAUUGGAAUACUUGGAUGUUUCAGACAAUCAUAUGAGUGGCACAUUUCCCAAUGAUUUCCCUUCACUUUCCACCAUAAAUUUCUUGAAUAUCUCGUUCAAUAAUUUCACUGGCUCAUUGCCAUACGAUAAAGUUCAAAGAUUUGGGAAUUCUUCUUUCAUCAACGCUGGAAUGUUGUUCAAAAUCUCCAACUUUUCACUGAAUCGUACGGUCCAUCAUACCCCAAAGAAAUCACACAUCAACCCACACAAUAUCCACUCUAGUACACACAGUAACCCUAAAAAUCCCAAACCCAUGAAGAAAAAUCAAAAACCCAGUUCAAGAAAGAGAUUAAUUUUGAUCUUAAUCAUAUCUUUAGCAUCAUUGGUGGUAUUAUUAGCGAUGGCUGUGUCCAUAUAUUGUAUAUUUAGGAAGAGAAAGAUGGCAAAAAGAAACAAAUGGGCAAUUUCCAAGCCGGUUCACCAACACCAACCGUUCAAGAUCGAAAAAUCCGGUCCGUUUGCGUUUGAGACGGAGUCCGGUUCUUCAUGGGUGGUUGACGUUCGGGAACCUUCGUCGGCGGCGGUGGUGAUGUUUGAGAAGCCAUUGAUGAGUUUCACUUUCAAGGACUUGAUGGCUGCCACGUCACAGUUUGGGAAAGAGUCCUUGCUGGCAGAAGGAAGGUGUGGGCCCGUAUACCGAGCUGUACUGCCAGGUGAGAUCCACGUGGCAGUCAAAGUCUUGGAGAAUGCUCGAGGGAUGAGCCAUGAUGAUGCUGUGUGCAUGUUUGAAGACCUCUCAAAGCUGAAACAUCCAAACUUGCUGCCCAUUUCCGGUUACUGUAUUGCAGGUAAGGAAAAGUUGGUGUUGUACGAGUUUAUGGCCAACGGUGAUCUCCACCGGUGGCUGCAGGAGCUUCCAACCGGCAAAACUGACGUGGAAGACUGGAGCACUGACACGUGGGAGUAUCCGGUUGAUUCCUCAUCACCGGAAAAAAUGGAAUGGCGGACACGUCACAAGAUCGCUAUCGGAAUAGCUCGUGGACUAGCAUAUCUCCAUCAUGCCCAAUCCGUACCAGUGGUGCAUGGCCACCUCGUUCCCUCCAACAUCCUUCUAUCGGAUUAUCUAGACCCCCGAAUCGCCGGCAUCGGACUGAGUCGCAACCGAGUCGAAACACAAACCACCGAUUCCGACGUGUACAGUUUCGGAGCUGUGUUGAUCGAGUUGUUGACGGGCGAAACAGGGUCGGAAGAAACGGUGGUGAAAACGAGGAAACUGGUUAGGGAAGGACGAGGUGUGGACGCGUUGGACUCAAGACUGAGACUGGGUGACAACUCAGUGAGUGAGAUGGUGGAGUGCCUCCGAGUUGGGUACCUGUGCACGGCGGAGACGCCUGGGAAAAGACCCACGAUGCAGCAGGUUUUAGGCAUGCUGAAAGACAUACAUCCAAUCACGGCGGAGCUAAGCUGACGGACUUUUUGCCUCUCUUUGUUUUUUUCUUCCUAUUUUCUUAUAACUUGUAUUGAGGAAAUCCAGAGGUUUAAUUACUAAAUCCAGAAGGUUUGUAUUUUGGUGGGUUGUACAUCUUGCAUUUAAAGCUGUACGUGUUUCUGGAUCUGGUGUUUUUUUGAGUGGUUGCUUUCAAAUGUGUA